AUGGAGCUUGAAAGAUGUGAUUUUCGCGCAAUGAUUUAUUAUGAUUUUAAAAGGGGGCUGAAACAAGAAGAAUGCCUAGCUCAGUUUCUGCAGACAUUUGGAGAUAAUGCACCUUCAAGGGCAACAGUUUUUCGAUGGUUUGCCGAAUUUAAGAGAGGGAGGGAGAGCCUUAAAGAUGAGACCCACCCAGGGAGGCCCCCAACUGCUGUUGUGCCAGAAACAGUUGCCGCUGUGGAGAAGAUGCUAAGGCAAGAUGGUCGGAUGACUUAUUCUAUGAUGCAGGAUAGCAUAAAGAUUGGAGCAGCAGCAUUGCACACAAUUUUGCAUGAAAACUUGCAAGUUCGGAAAGUGGCUGCCUGCUGGGUGCCACAUUGCUUCUCAGAUGAGCAAAAAGAGCAGCGCGUCAAUUGGUGCCAGUUUAUGCUGCAAAAAUUUAAUGAAGGGAAGUCGAAACGGGUUUAUGACAUUGUGACAGGCGAUAAAAGUUGGGUUUACCAAUUUGACCCGGAGACAAAGCCCUAA